AUGAAUCUCCUCUCUGGGACCACGCUGGCCCGCGCCGCCCUGCUGGCGAUGGCGCUCCAGCCGCUGGGGUCCAAGGGGCAGGACGCCUCCUUGAUUCAGGUUGCCGUGCGCGACGUCAAGGGCCUGUCCACCCCGGCCCCGACGAUGGGCCCGGGGCAGCCGUGCCAGUGCGAGGGUUGCGGCGGGUUCCCCCUGCUCGACCUCGACGGCAACGGCUGCCUGGUCGAG